AUGUUACAAUGUUUAAGUGCAAAAAGAUAUUCAUCGAUAAAACUAUUAAUAAAUGUUUGGAACUGUGAAUGUCUUUAUAAAAACACCAGAAACAUACACAAUGUAGGUUUAGAAGACAUACCUAAAAUUACAGUGACCAAUAUUCGAAAAAUACUCCGACAAAAGGGUUUUGCAGUCCAAGAUGGGUUUACCUCUCUAAUAUCCAAAUGUACGUUAUGUUCAGGAGAAGAAAAAACGAGCGGAAGCAAAAUAUAUAUUAAUAAAGCAACUGGUUAUUUUUUAUGCCCUAAGUGCAACAUCCAUGGUAAUUGGAAUAUCUUAGAAAGACUGCUCAAAAAGACAAAAGGUGAAGCAUUUAUAAAGGAGAUUAGAGAAACUUCCCAUAAAGAUUUCGAAAAAGUUCAAAAUGAUUGGCAAGGUGUUGUCAAUGAAACUAUAUCACUUUCAAAAUUAAAUGAAACAGAGAUGUUAGAUUUAUGUAGACUAUUUGAAUAUCCGUAUCAUCCAGAAACCAAUAAAAUAUUGGCAGAUGUCAGAAUAUCGCCUGAUCACACAAUAUUGUAUUUUCCUUUGAAAAACACAUUAGACAACAUAGUUGGUUAUCGUAAAGUACAAGCUGGCAAGGAAGAUGAAUCGGAGCACUAUGGUCUACACACAGCUGGUUUAUACUCAUGUAAAGCACCCAAAGUAGGUCGUAGUGAUCAAGCCAUUCUAGUACCAACAAUACAGGAUGUAUUAUAUCUAGCAGGACAUAAAGUGCCAGGAACAUUAAUAUGGCUAACUAAUUGUAGCCUUCCACCAAUUGUGUUACCUGUACUUGAGAACUAUCAGAAGUUGUGUUUGUGGGGUGAUUGGGACAACAUGCGAGCUGUCGCCGAGAAACUUGGCGAGGAUAGAUGUCGCUUUGUUAGGCCUACAGAUGGAUUAGUGACUGCUACAGAAGCUGCAAUAGCAAAUUUAUCACUUAAAACACUUGUAUCAGAAGCAAAGCCCGCUGCUCAUCGGUCCAUUACUACAUUUGCGGCAAUCAGAGAUGAUGUUUAUGCUGAACUCACUAAUAUUGAAAAGAUGAAAGGUAUAAAAUGGCGCCGCUUCCCAGCACUUACGCGUCUAUUGGGCGGCCAUAGACGAGGUGAACUUACAGUGCUUACUGGACCUACUGGCUGCGGUAAAACUACGCUAUGUGCGGAGAUGUCACUGGAUCUAGCUCAACAAGGCGUAAAUACACUAUGGGGAAGCUUUGAAAUCCGUAAUUCUCGUUUAGCUCGUACUAUGCUGCAACAAUUCGCUGGCAUACCUUUAGAACAAAACUUACAAGACUUUCAGAAAUACGCGGAUGAUUUCCAGAAAUUACCUAUAUACUAUUUAGCAUUCCAUGGACAGCAACCCAUCAAAAUUGUUAUGGAGGCAGUGGAGCACGCACGUUAUAUGCACGACAUCGCCCAUGUGGUGAUCGAUAAUGUCCAGUUUAUGCUAGGCCUGGCCGACGAGAGGGACGGCGACCGUUAUCAGAGGCAGGACGCCGUUAUCGCGGCCUUCCGCACCUUCGCCACCGCAAGGCAUUGCCACGUCACGCUCGUCAUGCACCCCAGAAAGGAACGUGAAUCGGAAGAUCUGUCUACUAGUUCAAUAUUCGGCAGCGCGAAAGCGUCUCAAGAAGCUGAUAAUGUGCUUAUAGUUCAGGAUAAGCGUCUAACAGCAGUUCGGGGGAAGAAAUAUUUACAAGUGGCCAAAAAUCGGUACAGCGGUGACCUCGGCAUCGUGCCACUAGAUUUCGACAAGGACAGCCUCAGUUAUCAACCGAAGAAAAAGAAUAAAGCGAAGCAGGAUGAACCCGAUAAAUUAUUAAAUCAAUGUUUCGAAGAAUUCUCAGUUAAGGAAUCCAAUUAUGUCUCUGAUUUUGAAAACAAGCCGUAUAAACAAAAAGAACAGAAACAUCGUGAUGUAACAUCUAAUGGAAACAGUUAUUUAAGUGAUAUACUUCAUUUGAACAGAACAAGAUAAUGUUAUCUAUAGUCUGUUUCAAUAGAACUUAAUGCAGAAGUAAACAAACAACAAUUGUGCCAAUUUUAUAAUCAUCAUAUUUAUUUAUUGAACAUUAGCAGCAUUAUGACUUCUGAUGUCCAAUAGUAAUACAGAUUAUAAUUCUAUUAAGUAAUUAGUAAUUAUAAUCUCAUUAUAUCUGUGAUAAUAUUGAAGGAACUUGGUAGGCUUUUCAUUAAAUUCCAUUAAAACAGACUAUUCAAAGUAAUUUAUAUUAUUGUUAUAAGAGUUCAUAUUUUUAUUUGUAAUGAUUUGUAAAUAUACAAAUGUGAAAAAUGUAAAUAAAUAAUUACAAAGUUAAAAUAUUUAUUGUUUUAAUUAACUUUUACAUAAGAUUUAUACACAUCUUAAUAUUAAUUCAGUGAAACAUUAAAAAUCAUAAUUUCGUCAUAGUUGUAGAAUACUGACAGAUCUAUAUAUGUAAUAUUUAUCAGAUCCGUCAAUAUUCUACGACUAUGACGAUUUAUAAACAAUAAAAUAUAACAAUAUGAAAAAUAAAACUGAUUCCUAAAUAUAUAUAUAUAUAUAUAUAUAUAUAUAUAUAUA